AUGUCAGGCGCGCCGGCUAGCUUGCAACGCGAUAUCCGUUUUCCAUGGAAAGUCAGGAGAUCGGAGAACACCGAGGGAACCCGACCAGAGGAUACUUCCUGUCUCUCCAACCACGCUGACCUGGUGGUCACCAGUGCUGUUAGCCAAGACACCACUCCUUGCCAACCGACACAGCCGACCACAACAGAACUGGAGGAAGCGGCAGCGGCGGCGGAGGAGGAGGUGAUGAUGAUGAGUCCGGACAAGUUGGUGCCGCCGGCAACUCCUGCCGAGGACCAACCUUCUGAGCCUCCGUCUAACGAGGAUCUAGAUGAACUGGCAAACUCACUUCUUGCCAUGCAGCAGGUCAGACUUAAACCGCCGUCCCUUCUCCCUUCCCUCGCUUCCCCUAAUUGGCGGGGAUGCACCUGAAGAGUUAUCUUUGUGUCAGGCAUAAGCAAGAUCCACACUCAAAAGGCAGCAGAUUACUCGAAGUUAACACUGCCAAUUUGGCGCGGUUUCUUAACUUAAUACGGCCGUUCCGUCUCACCUAAUGACCCUGGUCUAGAACCUUCACAAAAGGUCGUACGAGGACAGACAAUCACUCAGCUCGAGGCUUAACUGGUUAUGCACUAAGCUCACUGGCAAACUGGAUCUGAAUUCAGAUCUAGGAGUCGUAGUAUGACCAACUGGCGAUGAUAUGUAAACAAAAGUUGGCUGAUCCAGUUCCGCCAGGGCUUCCAAUAAAGUUGGUACGAACUAUCAUAGAGUGUAACCUAUCCUCCAAGUGGGACCUUCAUAUUACUCUGAUAUAUAUGGAGAAAUCAGCGUAUUUCUCACUAUAAUAUACAGUGGGUGAGCGAUCUCAUGAAAUGUUGGCUGAAAUUCUGAAAUGCGUUUUCGAUUAGGAAGGAGUAUUCAGGUUCGGUUGUAAGACUGAUUAUCCUGCGGCAUAAUCCUAUAAUAUUUCGGACUCGGCAGGAUGUCAGCUUUUGGAUACACUGCUUUUCAAUCUCUUGUCAAAACCGUACUCGGUAAAAAUGACAACUUAAAACCCAUGCAUUUUUCACAUUGAUUUUCGAUGGUCUUAUAAAUUUAAAUAUAUUUCAGAGAAACCACGAACAAAAAUAUGCUUUCUUCCAGUCGUUUGAUAGAUGAUCGCGUCAUCUUUAUACGUUAUACUCGAAGAAGGAGUAUAAGUAGGUUUUUAAAAAGUUUCUAAUUAUGAAAUAUUUUAAGACUCCGCAAUGACCAUUCAUACAGCAUCGUGCCUGUCCAUUUAACACUGCUUUUCAUGAAAUGUACAACAUGGCCCGCAUCCAUUGCAAAAUUUUAUGGACUGUAUAUGGUAUCUUUCUAAAGGCAUAGAACAAUAUGAGAUUUUGUUUACGCGGAACGCAUGCACCUUGUAGACUAAAAUAACUAAGCGCUAAUGCAACGGCUGAUCAGGCUCCAAAUUAUUCGGGAAUUAGAAACCUAAUUAUACUCCUUCUUCUUGGACGUGAUCCUCUAUCAAACGACUGAAAGAAAUCGUAUUUUUGUUCGUGGUUUCUCUGAAAUAUAUUUGAAUUUAUAAGACCAUCGAAAAUCAAUGUGAAAAAUGCAUGCGUUUUAAGUUGUCAUUUUUACUGAGUGCGGUUUCGACAGGAGAUUGAGAAGCAGUGCAUCCAAAAGCUGACAUCCUGCCGAGUCCGAAAUAUUAUAGGAUUAUGCCGCAGGAUAGUCAGUCUUACAACCGCGCCUGAGUAAUCCUUCCUAAUCGAAAACGCAUUUCAGAAUUUCAGCCAACAUUUCAUGAGAUCGGUCACUCACUGUAUCCGACGCGCCUGAAUAUACCCCGACGCGCUAACAUUCGUGGCUUGGAAGGCGGCCAACUUGGUCCUCUUCGGGGCCGAGAGUUAGACUGCAAUGGCCCCUUCCGAAUAUGACCUCUGUGGAGCUUCCAAUGAUGUGAGGACCGAUCCGCCUUUAUUGUGGCCUUGUGCAUCGGGAGUUUGAACCAGGUCGUGCGUAGCACGUGUGGGCGAGCUGUCUAGUUUUGUUACCCACCGCCGCCGAGCCCACCUCUGUCUGUCCUACCAUCGAAGUAGGGUAGCUAAGGAAAGAGGGAGUGUGGUAGACGCUGCUAAAGUCUGCCACGCUAAGGCGGAUUCACGCACAAGGCACCGAUGCUGCGCCGACUCAGUGGGGCACUCGGUGGAAGUCGUCGCUCGCGAUGCUCGAAAUGUCACUGACAUAGCUGAGACCGUUUUCAGCCACUUGGGACGAUUUUACUUGAAAAAAGAACCCCUAAACAGUAUAUACCUUUGAUAUGGAUUUUCGGAUCUGAUGUGGUUAUGUAGCCCCACCUGAAGUAAAAAAAACCACAACCACCUGUAAUACGGGACUGAUGGUAAUAGGGUGUUUUUACGGGUCGGGCCGGGGAACGCACAGGCGGCAAGGUCAAGUAGUUGUACCCAAAAGAAAAGCGCUUUGGAAUGUACGUUUAUACUUUGAGUGGUUGAGAAAUAGUUGCCCUGACCCUGACCGCUAGCCACAACCCCAACAGUAUUGUGUCCAUCAGGUGGGGCUGCAUCUUACCGAUUUUCGAUGGUCGCACAAAUUCAUGCAGCCUUUACAAAACUGAUUAACAUGAGGUUUUUAAUCCUACAGUUUCUCUGUGGCAAAUGCAGCCUUCUUGAGAAUUUGUUUUUAGAAUGUAGCGGCUGGAGGUAACCAACCCUUCUCCGAAGACCGGUAAAUUCAUUGGUUAUGGAUCAAGCAGGCCAUUCGGCAAUGAACAUUAUCAGUUCGCUACAUCCCACGAAAACCACAACUGUGGAAGGCAAUCUGGUUGGAUUCAAUACUCAAAAGCUUUCGAUAUUGGUCUGAAUUUUAAGCGAAGGCGAUUAUGUUCGCCGACUGGUAUGUAUAUACUGAUCUCACAUUUAACAAAAGGCAAAAACCGUCACAUUUGUUCUCUUUCACAAAAUACGACAUUCAGCGAGUGCCUAACAUAGUUGGCGCAACAUCGGUGAGUUACGCGUGGCUUAGUUUAUGAUCAGACAGACUUGCACAGCAUCCACCACACUCUUCCCUCACCCACUUUACCCUGGUGGCGAGACAAUAUGAGGACGACCAGAGGUGGGCGCAGUGACUGACAAAGUUAAACAUCCCGCCUACGCGUACCUUACACGCGCUGCUCGUGCCAGACUGCAAUGAAGGCUGCUCAGACCUCGCAUCAAUAAGAAUGCCGUAUCAAAGCGGAGUCAUUACUGCCUCACGGUUCGUUCCGAAAUGGACGGAAUCAUCCCCUCAGUUGACAGUCUUCCAGGCCACAUCUGUUAGCGUUUUGUGGUGAGUUCUAACGCGUCACAUUUAUUAUUUUGAGGAAAACGCCGAGUUGCCGUAAGGAUACGCGUACGCAUAGUUUUGCUCUGUUCAUAUCCUGGUCCCUCAUCAGUUGUACCAAUACUUGCAUUAGGGUGUCCAAACCUUCCAUCAGCAGUGUCUCAAACACCGCCUUUGCUCUGGGCUGUCGGCUUUCAUUUGAAGCACGUCUGCUGGCAGGUCAGCGAACACGAGGCGCCUAGUAGCCCCCUUUUUUGAUGGAUCGAUGUUGAAGCCUAAAAUACUUCCUACGUUGUUUUUCCCUCUACUGUCAUCCCAUCUCACUCGUUCACUUGCACUGGCCUCUAGUUUGUGGAGGAUUUGCAACUGGAGGUACUCAAGCAUAGACAGGAGGCAGAACAUGAAACCCGGAAGGAAUGGCAGCCACGUCCAGAGUACGCAGAUCUCCUGAAUGGUAAGUCAAUCGUCUGUCUUUUCUACUCCCUCCCGUCCUCCCUCUGUUGCAAAAUCCCGAAAAUAAUCCCAGUUUCUGCAUGUGUACGACCGAGCUUUGAGCUACAUCAGAGCCUGCACGAACGGAGUCAGUAGUAGCGAAGACCAGAAAGGCGGCGGAUGUGGAUGCGGUAGAGCGCCUGAUCUGAGGUGCUCACAAUUCCGUAGAAAUGCGCUACCACAUGCCUCUCUCAGACAAGCUGGUGUCACCAUGCUAGUUCUGGCACACCCACCAGCAGACCAUCAUGGGCGUGUCUUGGCAAGGCACUUUAGCCGGAGUUCGCUUGAGUAAUGAGGUCACACUGAAUCACAUUUCUGACCUUGGAAGUUCUUCAAGGAGUUAAAACUCAUUUCGCUCCCGUUCUGCUUGCCAAUUUCGUCCGGUUAGGGACUUUGAGUCUGCUGAACAGUGUUCAUCAAAGUGGGGCAAGAUGUGCAACUCUACCUGUACAUUUGUAUCUCAAGACGUCGAAGUUCGGGCCUUCUCUCACCUAUUUCAGACAAACCGUAAAAUGAGCUUUUAGAGGAGCCAAGAACGCUGGUGGGGACCUGGGGGUCGACUUGCACGGCCGCAUUUCCUCUGCGCUAAAAAGCAUGAGAGAUUGGGCCCUGUCCUGCCGCGGAAAACCGCUGUCGCAAAACAAACUUCUAACAUAUAUAUCUGGUCUUUUUUCAACUUGCUAGACUUUUGGCAGUUGAAAAUGCAACUUUCCGGGCGAUCGGUCGCUCCAUCUCUCAAGUUCUGCCUUCCGUUGUCAAUUUCUUCCUCAUUUGUCUCCUUAAACAAAUGAAAGUUGCGCCGAGUAAAGGACCCAUACAUUGCCAAGAAACGCCCAAUGUUUCCGGUUUUCGGAUGACUCAAUUGCUAGCGCAACUCAGGCAAAACUGUUCAGGAUGUCCUGGGAUGCGUAGAAGAAAAACGGCGUAGGAUGAGAGCCGCUAAAGACAAAGCAGACUGAGAUGGCCCCUUUCGACUCUUCAGACGUCGUCAGCCAGCCCAGGUUUGCAUAACCUGGGAUUGUAACCCAAACCCGUUGAUCACCGAGCGUUAAGUUCAACUCUCGAUCAUUGAUCCACGGAUCAUCCUUCGUCCUUGCCGUAAUUCCUUGUCUGUGUGCGAUUGUCUCUGAAGGCGCAACGGGACAAGCGUAUUCCGUAACCUGGUUGGUGGAAACUCCCUUCCCACAAACGGAUUACAAAAAUGAUUAUCCUGUGAGCACUUGUGUUUCCUAUCCUGGUUCAGGGAAAGAAUUUGUCUUUUCAAGUGGAUAACACUCUUGGUAAUCGUAUUUGUCAACAGUUUUAAUACUUGUUCACCGUUCAAGGUCUGGAAAGGAUCUCCGGUGUCCUCGAAACCCACAAGACGGACUAUUCUGUCGUCACGGAAACCCAAGGUACUCCGAACUUUAAGUCACCUUUCUGUCAGAUGUGUCUGCUAACGUCUCUGCUAGUUUCCUUUUUUUCCUCUGUGCUCCCUGACACAUUAGCAAAGUUAAUGAGAAGUCAGGCUCGCAGUCGCAUCUGAUUGAGGGACGGAGAGAGGCAGAGCUCGACCGUAGGGAGCGUCAACUUCCACUGUAUGCUUCACGGAAUGGGUGCAGCACCGGUGACUUGCACAUGAAUUAGCUCAUAGUGAGGCAGACUUUCGAAGCAUCUACUGCACCCCGCCUUCCCUCUUCCUCCAGGCCGCGAUAGCAAGGCGGUAUUAAGACGACCUGAGGUGGGUUUUGUGCGCUGAUGGCAACACAGGGUCGAGACGACCGGAGGCUGAUGUGGCUGACAAGACGAGACAGCCUGUCUACGCGUGCCUCACGCGAUGAUCGAAAUGUCGCUUCUAUACCGACAUAGCUGAGACCGUUUUCAGUUACUUGGGACGAUUUCACUCCUUUGUGUUCCUUCACACAAAGUCAGUGAAAAGUCAGGCUCACAGACGCAUCUGGUUGAGAGAGAGAGGGAGAGAGAAGAAGUUCGACCGUCGGGGGCGUCAACUCCCACCGCGUGGCCCGCCGAGUAGGUGCAGCGCCGGCGGCUUGCGCAGGAGUCAGCUUAUAGUGACAACAGACUUGCACAGCAUCUACCGCGCCCUCCUCUCUCUCAUCCUUCAGGCUGCGAUGUUAAGACGACCGGAGAUGGGCCUGUGUACAUCGGCUGACAAAACUGCACAGUCCGUCCCGCACGUGCCACAAACGACCCCGCCCUAUGCAAAAUAUACUGGAUUUUUGAAAAAAGGGGCGCGUCUCCGAUCUGACGUUUGCGAGAGUGACGUAGAGACCAUCUCAAGAAUAAGCCGUUGAGUCUGCCUUGCAUUGCUCGAGUCGGUCACCUCACAUACGCACACAGUACUGUCUACGAGGGUCGGGCUAUCCAGUCAGCUGACAGCCUUCUAUUCCAUGUAAUAGUUUCAAAGCGCAUCAGGUCUGUGAUAGUAAGGAAUGUGUUCAUAUGUCGUGGGAAUUACUCCCAUGCAUCAAGCCGACCGGAUGUCGGUCUGAGUGAUGGUUGACCUAACUUGAAACUUGGUGCGACAAAACAGUUGAUCACUGUCCCAUUCUUGAGCCCCAUAUCUCGAAUACACCUCUGUCAGUUUUGCGAAGGCUAACAUGCUGCCGCCGGUGAAGGCUCAUAGAGCUACAGUUCGUGACCGAUCUCAUGAAAUGUUGGUCGAAAUUCUGAAAUGCGUUUUCGAUUAGGAAGGAUUACUACGGUGGCGUUGUAAUAUUAAUUAUCAGGUAUCAUAAUCCUAUAGUAUUUCGGACUUGCCGGGAUGCCGGCUUUUGAAUGUACUUCUUUCUGACCUCCCACAGAAACCGUGCUCGGUAAAAAUGACUACUUAAGUAACACGCAUUUUUCACACUGAUUUUCGAUGGUCUUAUAGAUUCAAAUAUAUUUUAUAGAAAACAUGCACAAAAUGUUGCCAUCUUUUACUUGUUUGGUAGAAAACCACACUAUCUUUAUAUUUUAUACCCCAAGGAAGGUUAUCUUUCGGUUUUAAAAAAAGCUUUUAAUUAUGAGGUUUUUAAGACCAUGCGAUGUCCAUAUGUACAGCUUCGUACGUGUCCGUUUACCAAUGUUCCUCGUGAAAUGUGCAUCACAGCCUGUAUCCAUUGCAAAAUUCUGUGAACUCUAUUUAGUACCUUCUUAAAGGCAUAGAGCAAUAUAUGGUUUUCCUUACGCGGAACGCAUGCAGCUUGUAGACUGAAAUCGCAAAACGCUAAUGCAACGGCUGAUCAAGCUCGAACUUAUUCGGGAAUCGAGAAACUUUUUCAGUGCCUAAAUAUACACUUUUUCGGGUAUGAAAUGUAAAGAUAAUGUGAGUUUCUACCAAACAACUAGAAGAAAGUAUAUUUUUGUGCAUGUUUUCUGUGAAAUAUAUUUAAAUCUAUAAGACCAUGGAAAAUCAAUGUUAAAAAUGCAUGCUACUUAAGUAGUCAUUUUUACAGGGCACGGUUUCUGUAGGAGGUCAAAAAGAAAUGCAUUCAUAAGCCAACAUCCUGGUGAGUCCGAAAUAUCAUAGCAUCAUACUACUUUGCAAUUAAUAUUACAACGCCACCCUAUUAAUCCUUCCAAGUCGAAAACGCUUUUCAGAAUUUCGACCAACAUUUCAUGAGACCGGUCACGCACUGUACAUAUGAGAACUGGACUUAAAUAAGAGGGGUGGAAAGGUCUAGCUGAUGUGUGAAUAGUAGUUCUGGAAGGUCUUAAAGGCGUUUUCGAUUCAAAUAGCUAGCCUUUAAAUAUAAACCAAUAGAAACCUUUGCUACUAGGUGCCCAUGCAGUUGUAAAUUGGGAUGGGCGUGUACCUCGCAUGUAUCCACUAGGGGGCACUGUAUUGUGCGGGAGUUGUGUAGCUAUUUAAAUUUUUCUCACCUCCCACUACCCUCCUCUUCCACCACCACCACCACCUAGACCUUUUAAGUCACCAACCCCCUUUGAAAUGGAUUUCAGCCGAAAAUGUGCAACUUCGACAGCGUCUUAUUGCGCUGACUGCCGAGCUUGCUGAAGCUCGUGCAGAUUUCAAAAAGGCAAAGGCUGACUUCGAGCGGGAGAUGGUUCUCCUUCGAGAGGAAACGAAGGCAGCACGUAAGUCUGUUCACUCCUACACCACCUCCCUCUCCCAACCUCCACCGGCGGUUUCGGAGUCGGAGCUUCACAGUGUGUACUAG